AUUGAAGAGAGCAGAGCGACGGUAAAGACAGCCGGGCCCGUCCUGCAACACUAAACGCGCCGCACGUCGUGGUUCGUUUUCUCCACCAAAAGAACCGGGUGCUUCGGUCCUUUUGUUUUUGUUUUUUUUUUUAAAUCCGGCCGCGCGCAUCGAGCCGAUUUUUUUUUAAAUUUAUUAUUUUUUUUUAAAAGAUUUUUUUUUUUUCGGAAUCCAUCGUAGAGGCGAACCCACAAAGGGGGGGAAAAUCAAAAUGGAAGACACUAAAUACCUCCCGGAGCUGCUGGCCGAGAAGGACAGCUUGGACUCGUCGUUCACGCACGCGACGAAACUCAUCUCCGCAGAAAUUGAGAGGAUUCAGAAAGGUGAAACUAAGAAAGAGCCGGAGAAGGAAACUUAUCUGGACCUGUUUACCACCAAGAAUCUCAAACUGAAGGAGAGGGUGCUCAUUCCUACCAAGCAGUACCCCAGGGUCAACUUUGUUGGUAAGCUAUUGGGACCACAGGGGAGCACAAUCAAGAGACUCCAGGAAGAGACCGGUGCAAAGAUUUCAGUUCUGGGUAAAGGCUCCAUGAGAGACAAGAACAAGGAGGAAGAGCUGAGGAAGGGCGGUGAGGCCAAAUAUGCUCACUUGUCCAUGGAGCUGCAUGUGUUCAUUGAGGUGAUGGCACCCAUUCCAGAAGCCUACAUGCGCAUGGCUCAUGCUAUGGAGGAGGUCAAGAAGUUCCUUAUCCCGGAGCCCGGAGAACAUGACCCGUACAUGGACCCCCACUUCCUGAACGGAUCCCAGGAUGGAGGCCGGGGACGAGGCGGUCACCUCGGGAGGGGCAGGGGCGGACCUCCUGGUAGUGGAGGACCAAGGGGGCGAGGGAUGCCACGCGGGGCUCCCCGGGGGGCGAUGCGCGGCGGAGGCCCGCGAGGGGGAUUGGGUCGCGGCAACGGCCACAGAGGCGCCCCGUCCGGCAGGGGCGGACCACCGUCUGCUCCUAAUAGAGGGGGCUCCGCUCCCCGCUCUAGGCCGCCUGCAGCAGGGGCUCCCAGGAUGCUCCCCUCUGCAGCCAUGUCCCACCAGGGUCCUCCCUCCACGUCACAGUCCAAAACCGACGGCUAUGAGGACUACCCUGCCUAUGAAGAACAGUAUGCAGAGCCUACCUAUGAGGGAUAUGACAACUAUUACAGUCAGCAACCUGCCCCUGCGGAUACUGAAUAUUAUGACUAUGGACAUGGAGAGGCCCAGGAAACCCCGUAUGAGCCUUAUGCUCAAGAUGAGUGGGACAACUCAUGGUCCACCUCCGGCGCGGGAGGCAAGACCGCCGCCCCCAGGCAGUCGAAGGGAACGUAUAGAGAGCAUCCCUAUGGAAGAUACUGAACGGCUACUGGUAGAGAGUUGCUAUGGCAACUGUCUCCGAUUGUAACUCACUGAACUUUUCAAAAAGUAAUUCCCCUCUCGUUUGUUCCCUUUUUUUAUGGUUUAUUUUUUUUUAUUUUUUAAACUCGGUAGAUGUUUUGUUGGCUGUAUCAUAGUGCAAGAGGAGAAACGUGAAGACGGGGUUUUUCGUUGUUUACCUGUUUCCAUUUAAUGUUUGUUUCAGUUGGGUAGUUGGCAGGUCCUAGUGACAUAACCCUAACAAGGAAAACGGAGUAACCUUUUAAUGAUUUAUCGUUUAAGUUAAUUGCAUCUGAACAAAAUGUUACUGUGGCGAUAAAUUCUUCUCACGUGGGCUGCAUUCUAAAAGUCCUUCAUGAC